GACGAUUUUAUUAUCGUAUAAUUGUAAAUGCUGAAAUGUUGAAAAAAAUAUUAUGGAAAGAUUCAGAUGCCGCUUUGACUCCUAUUGUGGGUGAAGGAAUUGAAGAAGCAAAAAAAAAUAUUUAUGGUAUCAAGUAUGAAGAUGAUACAGGUGGAUUCACGUCUACACACCAUUUGUGGAUGUGA